AUGGACGACGAGGCUGCGAUUCUGCUUUCGCAGCUGCUCACCGACUCUUCCCAUUCCAGAAACAAACGUAUUCAUUCAUGGAUAGAGCAUCAGUACGACUUUGCUCUCUCAGAGCAGACCCACUCCCGCUCUCCCUCUCCACACCGCCCCGACUCGCCCCUCCUCCCCGCACCCGAGUUCUGCACUCUCCCUCCUGACUCCGGCCGUCACUCCCCGCAGCAGCCCCUCUGCCCCGACUACGACGUCCUCUUCUUCCCUCCCCCGCUCUCCCCCGACGACCACAUCGAGCGCAGGGAUGAGGCAAUACGUUUCCCGUGCAGCCUAUCUUUUACCGCUCUUAGCAAGGCAAACACCAGCACGCGCACGCGCCGCGUCCCCGCGACCAAGCAGCCCUCCACUCUCCUGACUAUCAGCAGUAGAAUUAGACCGCACAUCGCGACGAGGCCCUCCUUCAUGUCGCACAGACAGGCAGUGUCGACGAAGGAUUCGGGCUGUGAGGAGGAUGGAGUGGCAGAGGCGAAGCCGCCUGCCCUGCCCCCAAAGCCAGUGCCGGUGGGCGUGCAUGCGAACGGCAGCGCGGGGGAAGACGGCGCGGCGGGCGAGAUGGCGCACCUCGAGGCUGAGGAUGAGUGCGGGGAACGCAACGAUCCGCAGGGCGGAGAAGCCUUUUCUUCGUUGAUGCAGACGCUGCCAUCGACGAUGCUUCAAGCGCAGACGCAGACGCAGACACCCCCACUCGCGCGCUCCAAAUCGAUGCGCUCCGUCAAAUCUGUAAAGUCGGCACGCUCGAUGAGGUUCGGGUCCAAGAUUCCUGUUCCCGUUCCCAGUCCUGCUUCGACCUCGACUACGGGUGCGAGUGCGAGCUCGGGUGGGGUGCCGGAGGUGCCUAGGAUCCAGCGAUGGCUCGGCGCGGGGGAGCAGGAGCGCGAGCACGAGACGACGACGUUCCCGCUCUCCCCGCCUCCCACCCCGCUCUCGCCUUCCUUCUCGUCCUACCCCCCGCCGUCUCCCCUCUCGCCAACCUCGCUUGCGUCGCCGACGCUGCCCUCAUGGCCGCACCCCAAGCCGUCGCAUGCGUAUUCCUACCACGCGGAGUCGCCGAGGGCGAAGGAGCAGAGGCAGAAGCAGACGUCGGCGCUGGGGGGCUUUGCGCUGUCGAUACUGAAGAAGCGGAGGAGGGGGCCUGUGGUCGUUGUUGGGGAGAUGGGGGAGGGGGCGAGGGAUGGGGGAUGA